AUGAUCACCCAUUUCCUCCCUCAUCUCCAGUCCCUCCGGUCGUCCAUCACCACCAGCAGCUGUUCCAUAAUUCUCGUCUCUUCAGGCCUCGCCCUCGUCCCCAUCCCCCGCUGCCCGAAUUACUGCGCCACAAAGUCCGCCCUUCACUCCCUCGCCUGGUCCCUCCGCGCCCAGCUUGCCGCCCACGGGCCGUCGGCUCACAUCCGCGUCGUUGAAGUCGUCCCGCCCGCCGUCCGGACCGAGCUGCAUUCCCAGCAGCCCGAUCUUGUCGCCGCAGGCCAGGCUGACUUCGGCAUGCCACUCGACGAGUUCACCGAGGAAACUUGGGCGGCGUUGCUGGAGGGGAAUGAAGAUGAAAUCAUCGUUGGGCCGGCCAAGAACUUUGCCCAUGUUGAAAUGGACAGGAAAAAGAUGUUCGACAAGAUAACCGAGUCGUUCAACAACGGCAACAAGUCGUAA